AUGAGCUUUAACUUGUUUCCCUACGAGAUUACUUGCUGAAGAUAGGUUCUCAGGCCUUAUGCUGCUUACCUGAUAAGGAAAUCAAGACUUUUUCCACUUAAUUAGUGUAUAUUAAAUAAUCAAGACUUUUCCACUUAAUUAGUGUCUAUUAAAUAAUGAUCACGAUAGUAUCUACUUUCAGUGACACCAAACUCAAGCAGCAAGCGUCUGAGCCUUAUAUGUAAAUAAUUUAGAAGACUGAUUUAUAUAAUUAAUUUUACUAUUUCUACUUUCAUAUAGAAUGCUUUUUACUGUUUUUAAUUGCAAUUUUAGCGAGGUAUUCCUCAGAAGACUCGCAACCACCAAUGAUAAGUCAGCUUGCAGCCCACGUGACAACUGGUCACGCCAUUUCGCCAUUAGCUCCUGCCCUUCUGGACUCACACUUCAAACUUAUUCUCUUUUCAGCGCCCAAAGAGCAAACAUCUGAUGACAGCCGGAACACAUCAAGCAGAAUGCUUGAUAAUCUCGGCAUAAGUGUAACUUGGAACUAUUGCGAUCAUUUCUACUCUGGAUUUUGCUGAGUGAACGUUACUUUUGACUUUCUGUGAUUUUUUCUUUUUCGCCAUUUCGUUUUUCUACACGAUGUCUGCCAAGCCAGUUUAUUCUGCAUCUAAUGUGCUAUUUGAGGAUCCCGAUUGUCCGUUCCGUGAUUCGGAUGAUGAUUUAAUCGAUGAAGUGGAUGAGAUCUUUCUUGAAAAUCCUAUGGAUCUACCCUUGUACUAUCAUGUGGGUUCUGGAUUUGAGGCUUCUUCCUCAUCAGCUGGUGGUCCUGUGUAUAUGGCUGGUACCCAUGAACGUUGGAUCGAUGAGGCGAUUGUACUCACAGAGAAGUCUCGUCGACGGAACCAUAAAUAUCAUGCCGAGGAAAUUACCUUCCGGGCCAGUAUAGAUAUGGAACGGCUGCCUCAGGAUGUUCAAGGCGUGCCCAUGGUUCGAAUUCCUGACACCGUCCGGGAAUUAUUCGAACAGCUCAUUCGCCAGACGACAGCCGAUUUGGGUCCCUCGGACCUUUUUGUAUCCAAGCAGAUUUUGUAUCCAAGCAGAAGAUUUUGUAUCCAAGCAGAAGGGCUGGAUAAGCCGAUAAGUACUUUCCUCAUGCAGUUUCGACUUUAACACUUGAAAAGAUUCUGGCUGCCGUGAUGAAAGUGUUGCAGUCGAAAGACAAAAUUGAACUAGACACAGGGUUCUCGGUGGACGUGAUCACCAUUAGACGACCUGUCGGUGCUGGACGAAACAGGAAAGUAGUCAACAUCUCUAUGGAUAGGAUCAGUAAAAAAUCUAACCUCUCUAUUCCAUACGACGACGAAGGACUCUGUUGCGCUAAAGCAAUUGUGUAUGCGUUGGCGCAUCUGAAUAAGGACACGACUGCCAUCAAUGCCAUGCAAAAGCGUUGUCGACCAGCCCUUGUGAAACGUGCCAAGGAACUUCAUAUGGCUCAUAUGGCUUCAUAUGUUCCUCUAGGCCCUUGCACGUUUGCCGAGAUAGCCAUAUUUGAAGACCACUUGGAUGUGCCGUCUUUUCUUCGGAAAACUUGAACCGAGUGGUCUAUAAAGGAAAGAAGAGGUCUCAACGGAUCAAUUUAUGGCUCCACAAUGGAUAUUACGAUGUCAUUAAGUCCCUCAAAGAGUUUUUUUGCCAGCAAAUACUAUUGUAAUACUUGCGAAAAGGCCUACCAAAUGCCUGAAAGUCAUAGAUGUGCCAAUGCCUGUCCAUAUGUUUGAGGAUCGACUGGAAUGGUCGCUGAAAUGGAGAAGCUGGGUCGAGACGUCCUGUAUCACGACACAGACUCCAUCAUCUAUACUACCAACGGUCGCAAUGAUCCUCCCUUGGGUCACUUCUUAGGGGAAUUUACAGAUGAAUUGGAUGGAGAUAUCAUCAAAACCUUCGUGUCAGGAGGUCCGAAAAAUUAUGCGUAACAGACGGUAUUAGGAAAACUUGUUGCAAAGUCAGAGGAUUUUCGUUGAACUUCGAAAUUCCCAGCUCUUAAAUUUUGAAGCCAUCAAAAGUCUCCAAAAGGAUGUCAUAGCUCUGCACAACCCCUCCAAAAUCACCCGAGGACCAAAAACAAGAAAAGCUGUGAAUAAACCCGAAACAAAAUCAACUUUGACAUAUAAACUACUUUUCGCAAACACGCACUUUUUUCUCGAAAUGGGAUGUUUCUUCAGCUUUUCUUUUGGCACAAGAGCUGGCCGAUUAUCUUGGAGCAUCUUGGGUGCGGUCUUCAUGGCUCAACACUUUAUCAUUCAAAGGCAUAGGUUCUUUCUCAAAUAGGUUUUCCAUUUGAAAAAAGUAAAGACAAAUUAAGCACAUAUUGCAAAUUCAACUAUUUUUAAAGAUUAAAAAAUCCGAAAACAGUUUAUUUCAAAAAGUUACUUACCUCUGGUGCGUUGUGGUUUCGUGCCUGAUCCAUUCGAAGAAUGAUAGACGGUGGUAGAAACAAAAGCAGGUACGUACACUCUGGGCAACAGGUAGGAAAGAAAUGUGGAACGUUGCUCGGGAUAUCCUUAUAUCGGGUAGGAACUCUUUAUUUCAUCUGAAAGAUGAUUGGUUAAGAGACGGUGAGGUCAUAUUUCAAAGAAUCUGAUUGGUCGACAGAAAAGGAUCCAUACACCUUAGCGGAGGUAUACAAAGGUGUGAUACGGCAGACGUCAUUUUGUAAGACAACAUGUCCCAACAAGAAAUGGAUGAUGCCAUUCCAAACAUGUGUUUAAGAGCUCGUUGGCAUAAACAUAAAAAUUGUUCCUUGCCACAAAAAAUAAAAACUUUGAUAACAAAAUCGUUGCCACAGAAUAAAAACGAAAGUUUGAUGAUGUCAUUCCAUCACGUGAUACAAGAUGGCGCUGGUGUCGUCACUUCCGGUUGUCACGUGAUAUCCAAGAUGGCGGAUACCACGCCCCUUUUCUGUGACGUCACUUCCGUCCGCCGAGUACGGCCGCUUACUACUAAUUGGCCUGUUAGAUAUGUUUUUUUUAUGAUUUUGCAGAUAUUUCCAAAGAGAGCCAUCAUUAAGUUUGGAAAUAAAUUCUUCUUUGUUUUUUUAAUCAUAGAUAAUUAUCUUAAUUCUUCCAUUGAAGAUAUUGAUUUCUAUUUUUAAGUCUGAUCCCAGUUUCUGUGCAACAGUUUAAGCGUUCUGUUUCGUUCUUUAAUAAUUAUGUCUCUGAUACUGCGUAGAAGUAUAAUAUUAUGAUUUGUAAGUUGAAUUGUAACAAUAACAUCUGUAUAAGUUUUUAAGAUAUUCCGUGAUAUAAGUCCGUGAGUUUUUUAAUAGCAUAAUCAAUGUAAUGUUUACUUGAAAGAGGGAAAACAUUUGACAGAUGUUUAAUCAAGAUGUUAUGAACGGUAAUCCAAACAGUUUUAUUUUUUAUGAUGGGGCCAUCUUCUUUAGUAAUACCUAUAGAAGCGAUAAUCAGAAAAUUCUGCCUUGACUUCCAGAGCAACAGGUAUAGAGGUGUUAGAUAAUAUAAUGCCUAGAAUAUCUGAUUUACGUGGAUCAACAGGUGUGUAGGAAGAUUCGAUCGGAACAUGUAAGGUAUGAUUAGUAAUGAAGCUGUGCAAAACGCGGUAGUUGGUAUUUGUGCGCCGAGAGCCCCAAUCAAUAUGUUUAACGUUGCUAUCACCUGUUACGAUGAUUUGGUAAAGAUUAUCCAGUUCCAGUUCUGUUAAUAAGCGAAUUUUUCUUCAACACGGUGUGCUAUUGGUUCCUCUAGCUAGCAUUAUUGACUUUGCAAUAAUGCUUAUGUGAAUUCUUAUUAAAAAUUGCCAAUGCUCCA